AUGGUUCUGAAAGUGCAACUACAUAAUUCCACUAAAGUUAUAAAAGCAGCGAAACCCAGGACAAGGAAAUUCAGUAAGGCUGAGGUAUAUCACGAUGAUAUCACAAACUGGCCAACACCAAGUGAAAUAGCAAACAAUGAAUACAAGACUGUAAGUCACAGUAAGAAGCCAAAAAAUAGAAGAGAAAAGGAGGAGAAAUCUGAUCAAAAAAGCAAUAAUGGAAUCAAGGACAAGCCGGAGGCAAAGCCAAAUGGUCCAGGAGAUAAUACUAGCAAAGAUGAAGUUCAAACUAAUAACCAAAGGAAAAAAGGUAACAAGCAGAAAUGGGUGCCACUUCACUUGGAUGAUGUAAGGUCAGACAGUCGAGAAAGACCAGGCUCUCGAACUAGCUUCAAAAAAAAAAAGCCAAUACCUCAUGACAACUGGAGGAGUGAGACAAGAAAUUGGCGCCGUUAUAAAGAAAAGAAAGAUGAUCAUGAUGAAGUGUGCAGUGUGAGAAGUGAAGGUGGCAGUGUUCGAGGUUUCUCCAGAGGCAGAGGAAGAGGCAGAGGCAGGGGAAGAGGACGAGACAGAGGAAACCCUAGAAUGAAUUUUGAAUAUUCAGUUGGUUAUCAAGAACUGUAUGAUGAAGGGACCAACCAAAUAUUUCAACCUGAGCUUAAUGCUGCUGUGAUGUAUUACUAUGGUGACGGAGCAGGAGUGCAGAUGUAUUCUGUGGAUGAAGCACUUCUCAAAGAAUAUAUAAAGCAUCAAAUUGAGUAUUAUUUCAGCGCAGAAAAUUUGGAAAGAGACUUCUUUUUGAGGAGAAAGAUGGACCAACAAGGAUUUCUACCUGUUUCAUUGAUUGCUAGCUUCCGUCGAAUGCAAGCUCUGACUACAAAUGCUGCACUCAUUUUGGAGGCCAUAAAGGACAGUACAGAAGUUGAAAUCGUGGAUCAGAGGCUAAGAAAAAAGAUUGAUCCAGAAAAGUGGCCAAUUCCAGGUCCUCCUCCAUGCAGUCUGCCACCAACUGACUUUUCUCAGCUCAUCAAUUGUCCAGAAUUUGUACCAGGCCAAAAUUUUGGCUCACAUACUGAGUCUGCACCAAAUUCUCCAAGAAUGGGAAGCCUACUGAGUCCAAAGGAAAACACCGAAACAAGUAAUUUUCAGACAAUGUCUAAAGGACUGUCUGCAAGUUUGCCUGAUUUGGACUCUGAACCUUGGGUAGAAGUGAAGAAAAGGCAUCGUGCGUCCACCGUCAAACUAAAGGAAAAUGUUCCUAUACCCGAUCAAACGUCAGAUCAACAGCAGCCACCCCCACCUCCAGAGGGGCAAGAACAAGAAGAACUUGAUUUUUUGUUUGAUGAAGAGCUGGAACAAAUUCAAAGUCAGAAGAACAAAUUUACUGAUUGGUCAGACAGCGAUUCCGAUUAUGAGAUUGAUGAUCAGGACGUCAACAAGAUUUUGAUUGUAACACAGACACCACCAUAUAUGAGAAAACAUCCUGGAGAUCAUAGUGGCAACCAUGUAUGCCAUGCAAAAAUUACAUCAGGACUUGCUAAACUUAUUAAUGAUGGCUUAUACUAUUAUGAGCAGGACUUGUGGAUGGGGCAGAGUGAAAAUGACGCCAUGAUGAAGCAAGAGAUUGAGAACUUUAAGAAGCUGAAUCUCAUUAGUAAGGAAGAAUGCGAUAGUCUUGCACCAGAGCCAAUUGCUGAUCCAACCCAAGAAGUUCCUCCAGAGUUACAGAAAGGUUUAGCAGCGGAACUGACUUGUGAUUUGCUACGUUCUGAAGUACCUCCAAAAGCAGCAGUAGCUCAGUCACUGCCAACAGCAGUUCCAGAUUCCUCCCGUGUUCACCCUGGCUUCACCGAGCGAACACCUCGCACCCCGAGGCUGCAGGAUCCCAACAAAACACCUAGGUUCUACCCUGUUGUUAAAGAAGCACGAUCCAUUGAUGUAAAGACUCCAAGAAAAAGAAAAACACGGCACAGUACAAAUCCUCCCUUAGAAUCCCAUGUUGGCUGGGUGAUGGAUUCCAGAGACCACAGGCCAAGGACUUCCUCCGUGGGCAGUUCCAAUGCUUCGCCUUCAGAAGGAACCCCACUGGCAGGAAGUUACGGGUGUACCCCAAAUUCUCUUCCAAAAUUUCAGCAUCCUUCUCAUGAACUGUUAAAGGAAAAUGGCUUUACUCAACAGGUGUACCACAAAUACCGUCGAAGGUGUCUAAUGGAGAGGAAACGGUUGGGAAUUGGCCAGUCCCAGGAAAUGAACAAACUCUUUCGUUUCUGGGCCUUUUUUCUGAGAGAUCACUUUAACAAGAAAAUGUAUGAAGAAUUCAAGCAACUUGCUCUGGAUGAUGCAAAAGAACACUACAGGUAUGGAUUGGAAUGCUUGUUUAGAUUUUACAGCUACGGCCUAGAGAAGAAAUUCAGCCAAGAAAUAUUCCGGGAUUUCCAAGAAGAAACAAAGAGAGACUAUGAAGCUGGUCAGCUAUAUGGACUGGAAAAAUUUUGGGCUUAUCUAAAAUACUCUCAGCACAAAUAUCCAGCUGUUGACCCUAAACUUCAAGAGUACCUUAGUAAAUUUAAGAGACUGGAGGACUUCCGAGUGGAUCCUCCUAUUAGUGAAGAAUCUGGCCAAAAGAGACCAGUUGCCGCAACGGGUGAGGAUUCAGGUCAUCACAGACAUCGGCCUAAUUCUUCUAGACCACUUCUGGCCACUAAACCCGCAGCUGCUUGUCAGUCCCAGGCACCAGGAAAUGUUCCCGGUGGGAAUACUGUGCCAGCAUCCAUAGGCCAUAACAGCACUGCCAUGAAAUCUAUAGAAAGCUGUGUACCAGAAAAAUAG